UGUAAGUAAAAUUAAGUCAUCAUUAAAUUAACAAGUUAGUGAAAAUGGUAAAGAGUGUAUAUAAAUCACUAAAGGACUGUCUAUAAUGUUGUGCAGUAAACUCAAGGGAGAAAGGUCCAAAUCACCAGCACCCAGCUGUAUCUCCAUGAAGAGUGAUCAAUCUAUGGAGCCACCUUUGAAGUUUAAAGCUGAAGGCCCCUCAGAUCUACACAGUAUCAGUUAUGAUAUAAUCAGCAUGAGAAGUUGGUCAGCUCUGGUCUCAUCACUCAGCUCAGAAACCUCCAAUCUGAGAGAACUGCAUCUGACUGUGAAAACACUGGAUCUGUCUCGGAAUGAACUAGGACACUCAGGACUGAAGAGUCUCUGUGCUGUACUGGAGAAUCCUCACUGUAAAGUGGAGACGCUGAGGUUGUGUGGUUGUGGUGUCUCAGAUGAAGGCUGUGCUGCUCUGACAUCAGCUCUGAAAUCAAACCCCUCACACCUGAGACAACUGUAUCUGUCUGAUAAUAAAAUAGGAGACUCAGGAGUGAAGAGUCUCUCUGCUGUACUUGAGAAUCCUCUCUGUAAACUGGAGAUACUGGGGUUGCGUGGUUGUGGUGUCUCAGAUGAAGGCUGUGCUGCUCUGACUUCAGCUCUGAGAUCAAACCCCUCACACCUGAGAAAACUGAAUCUGUUUGAUAAUAAAAUAGGAGACUCAGGAAAGAAGCUGCUGUCUGCUCUUAAAGAUGAACAUUGCAAACGGCUGGAACUGAUUGUGUGAAGAUCAGCUAAAAUGGACAGGAACAGUUUCAAGACAUUGGUGGAAUUCUCACCCAACAAUAUUGGCAUCUGAGACUCACAACAGGUCACGUGUCGUCUGGUUAAUUAGUGUAGCAGUGCUGUUAUACUAAAUAUCAGCACUCUUGGAACUCUGCUUCUCCAAUCAAAUGAAUGGACCAGAACUAACUGUUGCAUGAUAUAGUUUUUCUGUUUUAUGUGAUUAAUAUUUGUCUAAUAUUGGAAUGUUUUAAUAUCUUUACACAUGCAUUGUUUAGCUGAUUUGCUGGAUACAUAACUAAAAUUAUAUUGUACUUAAGCACUUAGAAUGUCUUGCCUAAUUGUAUCAAUUAAAUACACUUUGAAGAAAUAAAAUACAUAAAUACAAUGUUA